CGGAAUUGGUUUUGGAUUUUUCAGUUCAAAGGAAUCUUCCGGUUCUUAUAUAUUCUGGUGUGAGUUGCUACGAUUCGAAGCGAUAAGAAGGCGGACACUAUGUCGCUGCGAUUACUGGAUGGGCUACUCAGUCUCUCCAAUCACAAGACCGGCGCCUUGGAGGGGCAUUCUUUUAAGAGAAACCUCAUUUUACCUUUACGUUUACGGUCAAGAAGAAGAAGGGGGAGGGGCCAAGUAUCAACAUUAGCUUCAUUAUCUACCUCUGCCUCUGCCUCUGCCUCGGCUUCUCCCUCGCUCGGCGAUUUGAUGAGGCUUGAUUUUCCCAUCCUUAAUCAGGAAGUCAAUGGGUCAAGGUUGGUCUAUUUAGAUAAUGCUGCAACGUCACAGAAACCACAUUUCGUCAUAGAUGCAGUACGUAAAUACUAUGAGGUCUACAAUGCAAAUGUUCACCGAGGCAUCCAUUUUCUAAGUGAAAAGGCAACAAGUGAAUAUGAGCUAGCUCGAAGAAAGGUGGCAAACUUCAUCAAUGCAUCCAGCUCUGAGGAAAUUGUAUUUACUCGUAAUGCGACAGAGGCAAUCAAUUUGGUUGCAUAUUCAUGGGGUCUUACAAAUAUGAAGGAAGGAGACGAGAUUUUGAUGUCAAUUGCUGAACAUCACAGUGCAAUAGUUCCUUGGCAAUUUGUUGCUGAGAAGACAGGAGCUGUUUUAAAAUUUGUGAAUUUAAGUCAAGAGGAAGUCCCAGAUCUAGAACAAUUAAAGCAACUUAUAUGCAAGAAGACAAAACUUGUGGUCAUACAUCAAGUUUCUAAUACUCUUGGAUGUAUUAAUCCUAUUAGAGAAAUUGUUCAAUGGACACAGAACUGUGACGCAAAGGUGCUUGUUGAUGCUUGCCAGAGUGUCCCACACAUGUCAGUUGAUGUACAAAAUCUAGGAGUAGACUUCCUUGUUGCAUCUUCACAUAAGAUGUGUGGGCCUACAGGCAUUGGCUUUUUGUAUGCGAAAAGCAAGCUCUUGGCAUCGAUGCCUCCAUUUUUAGGUGGAGGAGAAAUGAUUGCAGAUGUAUACAUGGAUCAUUCUACAUAUGCAGAACCUCCUUCCAGGUUUGAGGCUGGCACUCCUGCGAUUGGUGAGGCUAUAGGAUUUGGGAUGGCAAUAGACUAUUUGUCAGGCAUUGGAAUGCAGAGGAUUCAUGAGUAUGAGGUUGAGCUGGCAAAUUAUCUUUAUCAGAGUCUAUCAAGUAUAAAAAAUGUGCGGAUUUAUGGGCCUGCACCAAACACAGUUAGUGGGCGAGCUGCACUUUGUUCUUUUACUGUGGAAAAUGUACAUCCAACUGAUAUUGCUACCUUUCUUGAUCAACAGUAUGGAGUUGCAGUUCGCUCUGGACACCAUUGUGCUCAGCCACUUCAUCGCCACUUGGGAAUCAAUGCAAGCUGUCGAGCAAGCCUUUAUUUUUAUAACACAAAAGAUGAAGUGGAUGCUUUCAUAAAGGGGCUUAAAGAAACAAUCAAUUUUUUUUCUUCGUAUCAGUAAUCCUUUUUAUUUCUUAACCAUGUCAUUUCAAAUCAUGCAAAUUUUCUAAAAUUUCCAGGUACAUUAAGAUUGUUUAUUUCAUGAAAGGUUAUUCGUUUAGAAAUAGGACAUUGAACAAGAGUGUGUAUUUUAUGUAUCGGACUCAUAAGAUCAAUAAUCAAAGUCCCAUAACCUGUAUACAUGUAUAGCAUGUGGGAGAGGGAGAGAAUGGUUGUUUUUCAUACAGCAAGUUUUCAUUUAUGGAGUGAGAAAAAUAUACACAUUUGAAUUCAAAAGCACUUUUACAUGGUUCUCCCUCAA